AUGUGCAAGCUGGGCCGACUUGACGUCACUGUCAAUAGUGGUAAACGUGGAAGAUACUCUACAAAUGGCGACCCUCCAAACAAGGACAUCAAAAAGCCAAGGAAAGGAGAAAUAAAUUUCCUGCCUCAGUAUCCAGAGGGGUUGGAUGACCACAACCUGGAAGCAGCUCGCCAGGUGUGUUGCGAGUUCACCCGUGUGGUGGGGAAAAAUCUCAAAGAAAACUUCUUUGAGGCACUUGACCGUUUCUCGCCAAACUUGAUGGACCUCUUCAGGAAGAAGAAGGGCCUCAGUGGACAGGUUUUAACUGACCUUUUACGUCAGACAAAGACCACUGAGCCAACAGACAUCAGGUGCCUUUGUCUUCGGGGACUGCCAGUCGUCUUGGGGGAUGACCCCUCUGCGUUCUUCAAAACCUGCUCGGAUGCAACUGACAAGGACUUGUACAGUGAAACUUCAGUGGGAAUCCUCUGCAUUGACGAACAUCCUCAACUCAACCCAUCCAGAGUGAGCAUCGUCUUGGAAGGGAGUGUGGUAAUGGAGGAGCUGGCCAACCUGCCACAGGCUUUCUGUGUCCUUUUUGGACUAAUUUAUGCCUUGCACUUGGACUACCCCAAGUGCAUGAAAAGCACCUUCCACUUUAUUCAACAGGUCACUUGUGGUCAGGAGGAUGGAGGUCAUGAUGGUUGCGUCCCUGGAUUUCAGCUCAAGCAUUACCAGGUGGUGCACUCCGGACCCUUUCGCAAAGGCCAGUCGCUGCUACAAGUGGAGUUUGACGACUGCGAGGGGAACGAGGAUGUGACAUUCAGAGUAUCAGACCCCAGUUUCACGGUGGAUGAGGAUCUGAACGUUCUCCCCGUUACAGAUGUUUUGCACACUGGUCCUGUGAUGUUCGUCCACGGAGUGAGUGCACAUGCAGACGACACAGCUCAAGUGGACAUCAGUGGACAUCCUGUUACACUGCCACGCACACUCAGGGACAUCCUGGGUGUGGGAGAGAAGCAGCCCUACAGAACAAAGAGAUCAUUGUUGGUUCCUCCGAUGAUCGUAACUGAAAAUCAACGAGCUCCGUUCCCCAGAAACAUUGGCAAGCAACCCCUGAAGCUGCCCACCAUCCAGCACCACUUCCUCUUGUGUCCAUGCAAGUUUGAUGCUGAGCCAUCUGUGAGCUCUACCUUGGUUAUUUCCAUGGAGCGGUCAGGCAGCCACAUCUUUCAGCUAACUGGACCAGGAGCUGACCGUGAUCCCAGAGGUCUCUUCACUAUUGACAUUCACACAGGAGACGUGUCAGUCAGCCGCUCACUGGACCGAGAGGCCAUCGACUCCUACCAGCCAGACGAGUGCUGGGGUGUUCAGCGGGAUGCAAGCUGUUGA